GGGCGCUUCACCUAGCUGUACUAGAUUAUCUAAUAGCUGCACUAACUGAAUGAAAUAUGUAAAAAUGGUGAAGCGGAAUAACCAGCAAUUGAACCAGUUGCACCCGCUUCAUCACUAACUUCAACUGGUAUUUCAUCUAGUAGUUGACCAUAACUGGCAUUACCUGAAUGCAGUAAUGAAUUGUACGAUGCAUCUAGUGGGAGUAACUAGAAGCAGCUAGUUGAAAAUGCACUUGGCAUCAUUGCUCACCGUAAAGAAACAAAAGGCGGACAAAAGUUGACAAAAGUCGGAAAGUCUAAUUUGCAAGAAAAAACUCUCGAGGCUGAAAUUUAGGAAAUGCUUCCUUCAUGGGAAAAAUCAGUUUAAUUUAGAUUUAACCGCUGACUGUGUUUGAGGAUCUAAACCAAACACAACCAAAUUCUAUUUUCGUCAAAAACUGCGUCGGUGUGAGCUCUAUCUACCAUGUUGAUUUGGGGCCUGAACCCAUCUGCAUCUAGAGGACAAAGUACCUCAUAAUUAGGUCCUUUUCGGCUUGAACUUGAUAUUUUGUGCUUGCCUUUGUUCGUUGAAGAAUUUGACAAUAAACCCAUCCGAACUUUAACCAGCAACACACUGCGAACAAAAUAAGUGUACCUUUUUUUAAAAAGUAUGCAUUCCCAAUGCCGAAAAGAGUUAGUUCAUGCAGCUACCUAGCAAAAACUUAGUUUUUUAUAUUUAAAUCAUUAAAAUAUUCAUCUUUUAAAAGAAAUCUUUCUAAAAAAGAAAGAAUGUUUCUAAAAUUUUAGAAGGCUUUUUUCACAUUCUUUAGGCAAAACUACAUAUGCAAAAGUAAUUUUAAAAGUGACAAUCUAGCGAUUUAACCUGAAGCUUGUAGAUAACCAAGCCUUGCAUCGUUUGCUCGAUUGAAAACUUAAACAAACAUCAACUGAUACUAAAAUUGAUAUGAUGCCCGUGGCAUACAAAAGGUGAAACUAGAAAUGUAUAUUUGUACAGGUAUGUAUUCUACGACAUCCUUCAAUGUCCCGAUAGCUCAGUCAGUAGAGCGGGAGCCUUUUAACUUCAAUGCCUGGAGUUCGAACUCGCGCUCGCAGGUCCCAUCAUUUACCUUUUCCUAUUAUCUCAUUAUACUUUGAUCAUUAUCGGUAAGAAUGUUAAAAAAUCCACUUAAACCGUUCGCCGACAAGUUUCCCUAAAAUCAUUUAAGAAAAAUUGGACUUAUUCGAUUAGAACGAAACAAACAUCAGUCGAACAUUGAUUUUACAUUUUAUUUAUUCAACUUUCAUAUAAUUACAUUUCUGAACGUAUAAACUGUUUUAUGUAGAGUUGUCAAAAAUUUGCUUAUGAGCAUCUACCAUAUAACCCGGCACACCAGUUUGAACAACAAUCUUUAUGAUAAAAACAAGACGAGUCAGAUGCAGAGCACCAACUAAAAGCUCUUCCACUGUCCGCCAUUUUCUCUAGAUGAUUUGCUUCUUGUAAACAUGCAUGGUUAACUUCAACGAGAGGAAAUAUCAUCGCUAUAAAUAUACACAAGCCCAGGUAAUACAUUAUAUAUUCUAUUUAACAAUUGAGAAUGAUGUGGACUGCGUAUUUCGAUAUAAAAAACCUAAAUCAAAAUGACUACUCUACAAUAGUGCGCCUUUCUCAUGUAUAGAAUAGCUUUACUUACGUGUUUCUUCUACUUGGAAUGAAUUAUCGACUUUGAUUGACACAUAUUCACUUCCACCUUCAUAUAAUUAUUCUUACAUUAUGAGAUAGAAAACACGUGUUACUGAAUAUUUCGCAGAAAGUUCUGUAAUGACAGGUAUUUCCCCGUAGUGACGCACAAAAAUGAUUGUAGUUGUUGUCACAGAUAGAUAUUAAAAAUAGUUUAUACAUUUGGAACGGGCAGAAUUGAAAGGGCUAGCAAAUAAGCUAUAACACAUUCUUUCAAAUCCUAAGUUUGUUAGACUUGCAUCAUGAUACGGUCCCAUGUGAACGGUGGAAUGCGGUAUGUUAUAGUAGCCGUUUACUGUGGCUCAGCGUGGAGUAAAAUUUCUUUCUCGAUUUUGAUAUACUAUGGAUAAUGUCAAUACCAGAAAAAGGAGGGUGGGCGAGAAUUUCUGUAAGAACAUGCUCCUCUAUACUUUCGGUGAUAUGGGAUCUUUCUCAAAUUGAAUGCUGGUUGAUGAAACACUGGCGUAGAGAGCUCAGACGCAUCGUGAUUUUUGAGGAAUGUUUCGUGGAGUUAGAUGGACCGACAAAGGAAGGUUGAAAAAAGUAAUUCUACCCAAAACUGUAUUGGAAUAAAGUGUAGCAUAAACGUUUAAAGACCAUGACUAUUACACUAAAUGUUUCGUCAGAAAAAAUGUUUCAUGCAUGUUGUUUAAAUUUCACUAGUAUAUGAAACUUUUAUUUUAUUUUAGAACUUUUUUUUUUUUGCUAGACGUCUCAUUAUUGGGAGUUCAACCUUUUACCACUUUAGGUGCUACGCUGCCAAGGUGUAGCGCACAGUGCUCGAAGUACAGGUUAAUUGCACCGGAGUGUAGCUCACACGGGAUCUGCGCCAUCUGCGAUUCGUGUUUGAACGCCUUAGCCGCACUACUCUAAAUACAACUUGAUAAUAACGAAUCAAAUUAUGUUAUUAAGGAUAAUAGUAAAACGUUAGAUGAACUAAAUGUUAAAUAUCAGUCAAAAAUCAAAGUUUUUAUUAAACACUGUAAUCUCAUUACUAUUUACAUACAGAACCAAAAAAAAUUUAUAUAUCUAAAUAACAAACAUCUACUGCCUUUAGAUGUUUGUUGAUAUCAUUCAGUUCAUAGUAUUAAACAAAAAAUUGAAAAAGUAUCUGGAAUACCGAUCAAUAAACAGAUAAUUAUGUAUAAAGACUAUUCUAAUAUGAAGGAGAAUACAAUUUUAUCUAAAUAUCAAGUAAAAAAUCGUUCGAAAUUAAAAUUAUUGGGAAUGGAAAAUACAAUUAUUAAUGAUCCUAAGUAAUUCAAUUUACCUUAAAGUAAUGGCAAAAAAUUAGAAAAAUUUUAUUGUAUCUGAUAAUAUGAGUAAGAUGCACGCCGUGCAAACUAAAAGUGAAAUGUAUUUUGCAGUAUAUUAUAUAUAUUCUGAAUCACCAGACGACGCUGAUUAUGAAUAUCACCUUUUUAGUCUCGAGAAACACUUUCUUCAUUGACAAAAAUCGGAAACACAGGAAAUAUCCAAAAAAAUGCCAAAACUUUCGUUUUGAGAAAAAGCUCUGGAUUUUUUUUUAAAGAAAUCUACGAGUUUUUGCUUAUCAUUUUCAAAUUUCUUAUUGAAAACGGAGUUUAGACGACUUAUACACGAGUCCAUGUACCCUAAUACAGAUCUUUUGUAGGCUCUGGAACCUGUUACACUAAAAAAUCCAAGAGCCUUUGCUCCAAAAGCCUGUCUAAUUUUUUUGUGUGAAGACCUACAGCUUUGAUUCGACCAACAUCAAAUUGGUCAGUACUUCAGCUUCAAAAGUAUGGUUCGUUUUUUAAAAAAUUAUUUUUUCUUACUGAGAAAAUUCAUUUUUUCUAAAUCAGUGGUGAAAAACUCGGAAUUCUGCCCGUAUUUCUCAAUUUUCUUUUAUUUGAUCAACAUUUAAAGAUGAGACAUGUGAAAAAUUAAAUGUUGAAAAGAAUCAUAUAUUUGGAAUUAGAAUAGAAUUAGAAUCAUAUAUAUAGAAUUAGAAUUUCACAACUUUAAAUUAGAAAAUACUAAAUGUUUCAUCGAUUAUUGAAAUUAAUUAUGAUUAAGUACUAAAUUUAAGUUUAACAACAUCUUAUGAUAUGAUAUAUAAUAUUUAUUAUAAUUUGCAUAACUUUUAUAUUCAUCGAUGGAGUACAAUUAGUGAUUUACGUAUUUUGUUUCAACAACAAUUUGAUAUUCCUUAUUACAAACAAGAAAUUUCUUUCAAUAAUAAAAUACCUGAAUUCAAUAAUUUAAUUUCAAAAUAUCCUAAUAUUCAAGAUAAGUCAGUUAUUAAUAUUGUUAUUCCACCAACGAACAAGAUAGACAUAAUAAUUAAAUAUAUUAACGACGAUAAACUAAUGUUCUUGUCGAUAGACAAUAUAAAAUCACCAACUACAAUCGAAAAAUUAAAAAAACAAUUAAAAAACAUAUUGGAGUUGAACAUCAACAUUUAUAUUUUAAUAAAAAGAAAUUUAACUUGAAUAAUUGUACAUUAAACGAUUAUGAAAUUAAAAAUAUACCAACAAUAUUUUUAAUUUUUACAGACCUAUAUGAUUAUAAUAUUUAUAUUGAAUAUAUAGAUGAAAAAUAUAAAGUACAUGUUCGAAAAUCGAAUACAAUUGAUUAUUUAUUCAUAAUUAUGAAAAAUCUUUAUUUUGAUCCAGACAUAUUUGUCUUUUUAAAUUUAAUCAUUAAUGGUGAUUAUAAUAAAGCAUUAGAAGACUAUGGUAUUAGUAGUAAAUCAAAGGUUUUUACAAUGAAAUUAGAAACUAUUCACAUUGAUUUAAUGAAUUGUUCACGGAUCGAAGCUUCGCACUUGUUAUUGUACUUAAAAAUACAAACAUCAACAGUUGAAAUUUUACCACUAGAAUAUUGUUCGGAAGAUACAAUUGAAAUAGUUAAAGAAAAAAUUAAGAAGAUAUUUCAUAUACCACUAAGACAACAACGACUCGAAUUUCAUGUUAUUGAUCUCAUUGUUAUUGUCAUGGUUUAUAUUACAACUUCAAUUAAUGACAUAUUAUCAAUUGAAAUAAGAUUAAAUGCAAAAUUAAAACAUAUAAAAGCUUUUAUUCAAAAAGAAUGUAUUCUUUAUGAACAACCGAAAUUAUUCUAUAAUGGUAAAUUAUUAGAUAACGAUAAUUAA